AUGGGCCGGCAGCGGGGCCCGGCUCCAUCGGCCGGCACCGGGCCCGGCUCCAUCGGCCGGCAGCAGGGCUGGCUGUCCCACGGGCUGCGGCCGGGCCGGGCUCAGCAGCCGCGGUUUGUCCCGGGUUCCCUUGCACCUGGCAAGAAGCGACUGCUGAAAUUUUCUUACAUGCCAGGAUUACCAGGAGCCUUCAGCAGGACUUACCAGCUUAAAGUGGGUGACCUGGAACCAGAAAAUAUCUGCCUGAAAGGAGAAGCGUCCUUUCCCAUGAUCAGUCUGGACCUGCCCUGGAACAUCAGAGGAAAUGAAAAAUAUGAGAAGAUACUGAAACAGCUCAUAAAACCCCUGCAACAAGACAAUCAGAGGAAUAAAUCAGUUGUUCUGAAGAAGACUCAGAGCCUGAAGACCAAGACUUUGAAGUCUCAGACCCUGAAAACUCAGUCCACUAACAGUCAGACCUUGAAGACUCAGAACCCAAAGACUCGGGACCUGCAGCCCAGCGUGCUUGCCUCUGGCACUGUAUCAGACACUCAGCUGCAGAUAAAGAUGAUCAGGAUGCUGAUAGAGAAGGCUGCUUUGGAGCUGCAGCAAAGGCUCACAUCCCAUCCCCUGAAGAGCAGGUUCCCUGACAAGGAGCUGUGCCAGAGUCUUGUCAAAGCUGGGAACAGCCUGGACUCCAGAAAGGCUCUGGUCCUGGUGGCUGUGACACGCUGCAUAGUUGAGCUGCCCCAGUAUGUCCUGGACAUGGGCCCUGUCCUUAAGGGUUACACUGAGUCACACUCUCUGAAGAUCACCAAUCCUGGGCAGAUCCAUGUGUCCUUCCAGGUUGAUGUAUCUGUCCUGCAGGACACAGGUUUCAGCGUGGGCCUGGACCAGGUGAUUUGCCUGCCCCCCAACAACAGCGUGGACUUCGACGUGCACUUUGAAAGUGCCCACAAGCCAUAUGGUGACGUGGAAGUGGUGCUGCCCAUAGAGGUGACAAAAGGCCCUAUGUACAGCAUCCGCAUCCGUGCCACUGUGUUGGAACUGUCACUCACCCUCUCCAAGAACAGAUUGCAGUUCUCUGACAUCGUUGCUGGGGACUGCCAGGUUGAGACCAUCCAACUCUACAACCAGUUCCCAGAAUCCUGCAAAUGGUUCAUUGCUUCCAACAAGCCUGCUCUGAGGAGGUCUUACAAGAAUGAGCUGGAGCUUAUCAUUUGUGGGAGCAGCAAUCGCUUAAAGCUGCACCUCUCAGGACAAGGUCUGGAGCCACGGUUGGAGUUCAGGCCCCCAGCACUAAAGAUGGGAGGGAUGCCGGUGGACAGCGAUGGGGUGGAGGCCACAGUGGUGGUGAAGAACCCAUGCAACUUCCCCACUGAGUCUUACUUAAUGGAUUUUCAUGAGCAUCUCCUUGAGAAGGAGAAGAUCCUGCGGUCUGAGUACCAGAAGAGAUUUUUUCUGCCUCCACGUGCUGCAGCUGCGACACUGUUCCGAGAGGUGCUGCAGAAUCAUGGAGCACAGUGGAGGCCAAAGGCUCAAGAGGCAGAGCUCAAGGCCAGGGCUGAGGCUGAGGCCAAGGCCAUGGGCAAGGCAGCAGCAGUGCCAAAGACACCAACACCUCGUAUUUUGCUCAGGGAAAGACUGAAGGCUGAUUCUCUGACUCCCUCUGCCUUCCAGAAGGAGAUGUCUCUCAGCACCAAGCAGAGGCUGGCCAGAGCUAAGAAGCUGAGUCUGCCUCAGGUUGUCCAGCCUCAAGACAAGCCUGGGACCUCCCAUCACAAGUUCUCAGCAGCUGUCCCAGAGCAGCGCUCGUUUCAGCCUUGCCCACCAGAGGUGGUGUUUCAGAACUACAGCCCCGGUGAGGUCUGUGAAGUGCCGCUGGUUCUGAGGAACAGGGACAAGGUUCCUCACUUGGUGAAGGUCACCUUGAAGAGCUCACCUUAUUUCCAGCUGGUGGGCCCCAAUGACGCGUGCCGCAAGGUGCCACCGGGCCUCUACACCACUGUCCGCAUCCUCUUCACCCCUGGGCAGAAAAAGGAUUAUUUCCACCAGCUCCUCUGCACCACUGAAAGUGAAGAGUUCAUUGUACCAGUUUGGGCCAUUGGUGCUCGAGCCAUCCUGGACUUUCCUGACCAGCUGGACUUCUCCACCUGUCCGGUCAAGUACAGCACCCAGAAGACUCUGCUGGUUCACAAUGUUGGAAACCGGCCUGCUUGUUACGAGCUCAGCACCCAGAGCCCUUUCUCUGUCACUCCGGCCAUGGGAACUCUGGAUGUUGGUGAUGCCGUGGAGGUGGCAGUGGAAUUUCAGCCACUGAAGACUGGUGACCAUUCCAGGUCCCUUGUUGUGCACUAUGACACAGGUGAAGACACCCACACAAGCCUUCAUGCCAGAGCUGUGGAUGCCCACAUCGAGCUGGACAGGAAUACUGUGACCCUGGAGAAGACGUACAUCACCAUGUCAAACAGCGCAACUGUGGUCAUCCACAACCGCAGCGACAUCACAGCCCGCUUCCAGUGGAAGGCUGUGGAUACUGAGGAACAGGAGGAGCAGCUGAGGCUGAGGCAGUAUCACAGGAUAUACCAGCAGCAAAGGCACAAGUUGUAUAGUUUUCUGAAGGAGCGUGAAGUGGGCAUCACUUGCCGAGAACGCCUUGCUCUUCUCAACCACACCUUCCAGAGUGAGAUAGCAAAGAUCAGAGGAGAUCCCAUGCUGUUAGAUGAUGACAUUUUCUCCCUUGAGCCAAAGGAGGGUGAGAUCAUGCCGAAGUGCUCGGCUGAGAUCAGCGUGUUCUUCACGCCCCAGGCAGCCCAGGUCUAUGAGCGAACAGUUUACUGUGACAUCUCAGGCCGUGAGAACAGGCUGCCCCUGCUCCUCAUGGGGGAAGGCCUCGGGCCCCGGGUCCAUUUCCACUUUGAGGAACUGAACAUUGGGGAGGUUUUUGUCAGAGUAACCCACAGAUAUGAGGCAUACCUGAUCAACAAGGGGCCUAUUGAGGCUCCCUUCAAACUCAUCCCUCCAACCACAGCCAUGGGCUCCUGCUUCACCUUCCUGCCCCAGGAGGGCAUCGUGGCACCAGAGAAGCUCCAGGCCAUCCGGGUCUCCUUCUGUCCCACCAUCCGGGGGGAGUUUGAGGAACAAUUCUGCUUCCAUGUGGCUGAAUCCCCUAAGCCUGUGAUCUUCACUGUCAGGGGCUCUGUGAUGGGACCCACUUUCCAUUUUGAUGUGCCCGCCCUGCACUUCGGUGACAUCGCCUUUGGUUUUCCUCACACCUUGAAGUGUUGCCUGUUUAACACCUCCCUGACACCCAUGGGCUUCUCCCUCUACAUUCCUGGGGAUGGCUUGGGAGUGCCCAGUGUUAGCAGCACUACUCAGAUAGGAAAACCCAGCAGCCAGUUGUGGAGGAAGGAAGUUCAAGUUCUGAUAAAGCCACAGGAAUUUACCAUCAAUCCCCCCAGCGGGACCGUCCGUGCCCUGGGAUCCCAGGAUAUCAAGGUCACCCUGUGUCCCAACACUGUUGGGGACUACAAUCUGGAGCUGGUGCUGGACGCGGAAGAUGUUGGCAGGAAGGUGUUUGCACUGCCCCUCACAGCCAGGUGCAUCGUUCCUACACUGCGAGUGCUCAACCCUGUCGUGGAACUGGGGCACUGCUGCUUGAAGGUGCUCUAUGAUGAGAAGGUGACCCUGGUGAAUGACAGUGACUUCCCUGGCUGCUACUGUCUUCUCCCUCAGGAACACAAGGAGGAGGCUGCUGCGUGGUACUACAGCCUUGCACCCUCUGGGAUUAUCGAGGCUCACAGCUCGGUGCAGAUCCCAAUUACACUCCAGGCCCAGUUGCUGGGAAAGUGCAGCCUCACUGCCAAGCUGGCCAUGUUUGGAAGACCAGAAUCCCCACUGGAAAUCCGUUUAGAGUGCGUUGGCCAGGGCCCCGUUGUCUAUGUCCAUCCCAGGGAGAUAAACUUCGGCUCUAUCCCAGUCCUAGAGGAUUGUUCCAAAACUCUCCACCUCGCCAAUCAGUGUGAGAUUCCUGCAACCUUCCAGGUGGAGCUGGCUGUGGAACGUUCCUGCUGGAGGAUUGAGCCCAGCAAAGGAGUGGUCCCCCCACGUUCUGAGGUGUCCGUGGCUAUCGUAGCUAACCUGAAUGACACAGUGAAAUUCCAGGAGAAGGUGAAGGUGUUAAUUGAGAACAACCCUGUGACCAUCAUCUCUCUCCAGGCUGUGGGCAUUGGCACCACAGUUGUCACGGACAAACCUCUCGUUCCAAAGCUCGACUUGAAGUCCUGCUUCAGCUUUAGUCGCUGCUUUUACCACUUCCAGCUGACGAACAGAGGCCGCCGCACGCAGCGGCUCUACUGGAGCACGGAAGGGUUCCGCACCUUCCGCCGCAGCGCUCGGGCCCCGGCCCCCGCGGGCACCCAGGGCAAAGGGGCUCCCCCCAUGCCCAGGCCUGGCAGCCCCGUGUUCAAGCUGUGCCCAGUGCAGGUGGACCUGAGGCCGGGCCAGACUGUGGACAUGGUGCUGGAAGGCUGCUCCAGCACUGUCCAGGAGGUGAAGGAGCGGCUGCUGUGCCACGCUGUGGUGGGGAAAGAGACAGCAAAGAAACAGAUCCUGCAAACGGAUGUCAUCUGCAACUUCAUCUGCCCUGCAGUGCAAAUGUCCCCCAGAGCCAUCGCUUUCCGUGUGGAAAAGAAACCCAGUGAUGUCCUGAAACUGCAGUACCAGCCGCUGACAUUAAAAAACACCAGCUCCCUGCCAUUCAGCGUGGUGCUGGACUUGGAGCAGCCCUUCCUGGUCUGCAAUGUGAACCAGAAGCCCCUCCCUGCAAAUUGCAAGGUGAGCCUCUGUGGGCUCGUGCAGUGGGGUUUGAGGAGGAGGGAUGUGGUGCUGCACUUCUGCUGGGAGCUCCUCAAGUUGAGAAGCUCAUUCUGUAGUGUCAGCAGUGGAUUGGCCUGA